AUGCAGGCCAACCACUCCCAGCUGUUCUCCACCAACUCCUCGGACUACUUGACCUGCUCGGACGGCAUCCUGAUGUUCAUCAGUUUAUAUAUCUACAACACCUUAAACAUCCUGGUCUUCCUCCCGCUCUACGCCCUCGUCUUCUGGAAGAGUUUCCAAAGAUGGAGGAAUCAGACCACGGGAACAACGAGCCACUCUGACAUCUUCACCUACUGUAUCAUCUCCAUGGAGAUUCUUGGUGUUUUGGCAUCGAACCUUUUCUAUUUUGGCUUCAACAAAAAUGUUUCACUGGUGAACAUGGUCGGUUAUUUUUCCUUACACUUCGCCUACGCCGGACAAACACUGUUUCACUGCCUGACUUGUAUGGAGCGCCAUCUGGCUGUUUGUCACCCCAUCACGUACAGAGCCCUGAGAAGAGCGGGCGGGGUGAAGGUUCGAAACAUCAGCAUCGGUUGUGCGUGGCUGCUGUGUUUGGCACUGACGGGGUCUACCUUUUUAUACUUCCCUGACUUCCCCACCGUCAUGUCUCUCGUGGCUUUAGGACUCACCCUGCUGAUUGUCUGUUUCUGCAGCCUGUCCGUCCUGCGGGCUCUCGUUCACCUCGGUCUGAGGAAGGUAGGUGGGACUCAGAAGCAGAUUGACCAAUCAAAGAUGAGGGCUUUGCAUACGGUCAUGGCCAUCAUGAUAACACAGGUGCUGAGGUUUUGUGGGUUAGCGGUUUCCAUCGUCAUAUUCGGCUCCUUGGCGUCACGCGAUGUAAAUAUCUGCCUGCUGCAGUUGUCGGUGCCGUUGCUGUGUUUGCCCAGUAGUCUCGUUUUACCUCUGGGGUUUCUGCAGAGAGAAGGAACAUUGGUCUGUUUUUAGCUUUAGAGACUUUAUCAGAACUCCAACAGAGGGAAAGAGAGAUACAUGUUCAUACCUCUGCAGGAGACACUCAGAUGUUUGGGAACCCGACUUACCUCCUAAACUCUACUCAUAUAGACUCUCAUAAUGGUUUACAUAUCAUGGGCCAUGAGCGUCCAGAUAUUGUUGAGAAAUUAAGGAAUCCUUUGAUGGUCUGGCAGCUAACCCCAUCAAAAAGAAGAUCCUGGACCUGACCAAAAACUGUCUUCAGACUUUCAUGGUCCACGUCACUGUCAGCCGCUCUGAUCUGCAUGGAAAAACCAUCCGUCCUGACCCCCCUGGAGGACUUGUCAGAUAUCACCAGGUGUUCACUGGUGGUUUUGUGACAUGCAAAAAAGAAUUCCAGUGA